CGUCGAGUUUACGUAAUGGGCAACUCCCCGGAUGCGGCUGUGAUUGACUAUACCAGGCAAGAAAAGAUCGAAAGCUAAGUGGCGGUGCUAUAGCCCCAGUGGUCUUUGGCAGGAUGCAGACCAUUAAGUGUGUGGUGGUGGGUGAUGGGGCAGUGGGUAAAACGUGCCUACUUAUCUCUUAUACCACCAAUGCCUUCCCAGAAGAAUACAUUCCCACAGUGUUUGACAAUUACAGCGCUCAGAUGAGUGUGGAUGGCCGCAAUGUCAGCCUCAACCUGUGGGACACGGCGGGCCAGGAGGAGUACGAUCGUCUGCGUACUCUCUCCUAUCCACAGACCAACGUUUUUAUAAUCUGCUUCUCCAUCGGCAGCCCUUCCUCCCACGCAAACGUCAGGCACAAGUGGCAUCCUGAAGUGUCCCACCACUGCCCAAACGUUCCCAUCUUGCUGGUGGGCACCAAGAAAGACCUAAGAGGCGACGACGAAACUGUGAAGAAGUUAAAGGAGCAGGGUCUGGCCCCUACCACCAACCAGCAGGGCAACGCGUUGGCCAAGCAGAUCGGAGCGGUCAAGUACAUGGAGUGCUCUGCGCUGAAGCAAGAUAAUGUCAAGGAGGUGUUUGCGGAAGCUGUGAGAGCAGUUUUGUACCCAGUCACGAAGAAGAAUCACAAAAAGUGCGUUCUGUUGUAAUGAAUGGUUCCCAGAUUUGGACUUUGGGAUGAUGGAGAUCCACGGAUGCAAAAGAGACUCUGUAGAACAAAGGAUGCCAUCUAGUUGCUUCCAAUCCACCUCUGUCAAUUUUCCUUACUCAUCUCCUGGAGGACCUCACCGAGUUGCCUGCAUCCCCAAAGUGACUGUUUCAAAAUGAAGGCAACAGACCUUAUAAUUGUAACUUUUUAUUUACACCUUUUAAUUUUACACCUUCUAGAUUCAUCGAUUCUGUGCUUUUAAAAAAAAUGAUUAUCAUGGUUACCCGAGCGGAAACUUCCUAAUCAACCAACCAUUCCCUGUUUGACUGGAGGAAGCAGAUCUGCGUUUGUUCAGGUGGAGAACUAGUGACUACCUCAUAUUCUCACCUAAGUUGCAUCUCAUUGAGUCUCAAGCACAGUUGCCAUCAAGUUCUUUGAGUUGCCCAUUGAUGUAUAAUGAACUGCCAAGUUUGAGGUCAACAACCUGAUCUUGAAUCUUGAAGUGUUUAAUUUGAGUUGGCUUGAAUCCAGACAAGGUGUUAUGACUCCUGGACAAAUGCCGUCGCCUCUUAGCCAAAUGCACAUAUUAAUGGUUCAAAUCUCAGCAGUUCCUCUUCAGCUCAUUCUAGUAUGUCAGAGUUGUCUAGCAAGUUGCACUUCCCGGCUCUUGCUGCGCUCUCUUGCUUUCCUGCGUGUCAGAGCUAAUGGCUCUUUGCAGAUAAGCUGGACCCAUUAAGAGCUGCCCGCUUUCCUAAUAGAGGAGCGAAUGUCGUAAUUUUACCAAAUGAUUACAUUCUGGUGCAGGAUUCCUCAAGUCAACAUAGUCAGGAAGCCAGACUGCAGUUAGCUUUCCUCUGUCUUACAUCUGAAUUUCUCAGGCUUACUUUGAGUACCAUUAGAAACAUACUUAAGAGUUCCUCUUUCAUGAGGUGAGGUUAAGGAGAGUGUAUUAGUUGUGAAUUUACUCUGUAAAUGAUUUUUUUCUUAAUCCUGAAAUGUUUUUAACUUACAUUUGCGGUUAAUGCCAAAGUUGAAUAUAUUUUUUCUUGUAAUAGCUCAUGUUUAUUUGAUCGGUAAACUGUCUGUGCGCUAUUUUUAAUCACAUAUGAUAAACUAGAGCACCAUAUUGCUUCCCUUUUCAUCCACGAUUGUCUAGGGUCAAUGGAGAACGACCACUGUAUAAUCCACUCAUUGUAACAUGUAACUCCAUAAUAAGUCUCACUGGUUCACAUCAGGUGAUAUUCAUGUUAUCCUGUAUUUUAUGGUUUAACGUUCAUCAUAAAUUGUAGCUUUGUAACCCCACUGUACAAUGUUGAUUGGGUGCCUUAUCUAAACCAAAGACUAUUAAAUCUUUGUCUAGCCCAAAGGCUCACAUUUUACUGCUAAAAGUACUACCAGAAAAGUUUUGGCACAAACCCAAAAAUCUCAGAUUUAUUUUUGUAAGCAUCUUUGUGCCUCAGUUCCCUCCAGUAAUGACUGUCUCCUUGCAGCUUUUUUUUUUUUUUUUCUUUGGUAAGACAGGUGCUAAACUGUCUUCAUGCACAGCAAGACUUGUGUGCAUUUGUGAAACGGGGUUCUCAACUCUUAACAGAUUGUGGUUUACAUCCUUGCCUCGCAUGAUGCAGUGAGGGCAAAGCGCAAGUGCAACUUGUGCUCAUAGUUAACGAGAACUGCGUCUGUGUUUCUGCAUCACAUUAGAAGAUUUUUAUAUAUUUUUCUAAAGUAUUUUUAUAACUCUUUGUGCUUACAACUAGCAGCAAUAAUAGCAAGCCUUAUGCUUAUUUUUAUUUACACUGCCAUCUGGGGUAUUCAAUACUUAAACCUCGAUUGUGGCUUGUGCAGAGACUAGAAUAAAUGAAGAGCAAUAAAAGCAUGAGGUUUUGUGUGACAAUAUGGAUGCGUUUUUAGAUCUACUAAAAGACGCAUGAAAUUUCUUCCCACAAAGGUCUGACAAGGGCUGUGUGUGUGUGCACAAUAUUUUAAACUGCUAUCUGUGGAAAACCUUGUUUUUUUUUUCUUUAAUCAUGUCCCCAAUUUACUCGUAUAGUGCUGUUAAAGUGGAACAUACACCUGUGGGCUGUCUGUAUCUGUGUCCUGGAGCAAUAUGCUGCCGUGUGCGUGGUACUACGCUUUUACACUGGGAACUUGAUUUGUAGAGAUCUGUAAUUGUUUUAUAAAUAACAAAAACAUAUUUGUAUAAAUGAACUAACAGUGAGAUGAUUUUAAAUUAUGCCUAAUAAAAUGGUGCCUAAAACCA